UAGGAUCGCCCCAUUGUCAGUACUACAGCCGGUCAGGUGCAGGGUACGACGGAACAAUGCGGUCUGUUCUGUACGUAUUAUUCGUUCAAAGGCAUUCCCUACGCAGAACCACCACUCGGUGCACUCCGAUUCAGUGAUCCAGUAACAAAGGGUGCGUGGAGUGGUGUGCGGGAUGCAAGCAGCCAUGGAGCAACAUGCCCAUCGCAGGAUAUGGCACCGACAGAGAGUGAGGACUGUUUGUUCCUGAAUGUCUACACACCAUCGCUGAUCGGUACGCGACCGAUCAUGGUGUUUAUCACCGGUGGUGCCUACAGUGGUGGUUCCGGUGAUGACGCGUUGUACGGUGGAGAGCACUUUAUGGUCGAGGAUGUGGUGAUCGUGACCAUCAACUAUCGUUUGGGUGCACUAGGAUUUCUGAGUACGGGCGAUCGAGCAGCGGCCGGUAACUGGGCUCUGAAGGAUUGUAUCGAGGCGCUACGCUGGGUACAACGGAAUGCUCUGGCGUUUGGUGGUGAUCCAAACAGUGUCACGAUCUUUGGCCAAUCGGCCGGUGGUGCAAUCGUCCAUUUCCUUACGCUCUCACCACUCAGCAGUGGAUUAUUCCAGAAGGCCAUAGCUCACAGUGGAUCGGCGCUCAAUUCCUGGGCAGUUCAAACGAACCCUCGAUUCUACGCGAAUCGUCUAGCAGACGCGCUCGGUGUGCCUUCCGGAGACACGGUGGCCAUGGUGAACGCUUUGCGCUCCAUCCCAUACCGCCAAAUUGUUGCACUGCAAGAGAAUAUAGUGACACUUCCCGGAGGAGCACUGCUAAGACCGAUUGAUUUCGGUCCAGUCGUCGAACCGAGUGAUACUCCUGGAGCUGUCUUUUUAUCCCAGCUACCGAUCGAUAUCAUCGACUCCGGUACAUUCCAGCCCGUUCCACUCAUGACUGGGUUCACUGAUAUGGACUCGCUGAUGUUUACGCUCACCUGGAGUGCAGUGAAUCCGUCGUUUUUCGAAACAUUUAACAAUGAUCCUCACCUGCUGGUACCGAUCGUCUGGAACAUUGCCCGUGGUAGCGCCGGAUCGAGUGCCGUCAGCCAAGCCAUCGCGCAGUAUUAUUGGCAGGGUCAAUCGCUGUCUUUCGUGCAGCUGGAACCGUUCUCGCGCUACAUGACCGAUCAUCUGUUUGCUUAUGGUGUGCUAGAGACGGCACGGAGGCACUCCCUUCGCACGCAGGUUUACGUCUACCAAUUCGCGUACGAAGGAGAUCUUAAUCUGGUCAAGCAGUCGCUGGGUUCACCAAUCGGUAUCCCUGGUGCCGUUCAUGGCGACGAUCUAUGUUAUCUGUUCGAACCGAAGUCACUCUUGGUCGGUGCGAUUCCACCAACAAGCCAUGCCAUCACGGUGCGCAAUCGUAUGCUGCGGCUGUGGACCAACUUUGCCAAGUAUGGCAAUCCAACUCCAACCGUGGAUCCAUUGCUGCAGAACAUCAACUGGUCUCCUAUUGCUAGCGGUACAGUGAACGUGGCACUCAACAUCGCUCAGAACCUGGUCCCUGGUCCGAAUCCCGUUGCCUCACGCUAUAAUCUUUGGCAGGAUCUAGCUCAACGCUAUGGCAACAAUAUUUUCCGUAAUUAGUUCUGCAUCCGUCCGCUAUUGUGAUCAGCUGUUGAGUAAAUAAACGAGUUCUCUGAAAAGC